ACUUUUAUCACUGCACAAAUUGGUUAUCACUGCACACUAAAAUUAGGUAUGUUUUAGGGCCUGAACUUCAGGUUAGAUUGGCUGCUUCCCCAUCACAAACAACUGUCUGAUAACGAUCCGUGAGAAAUGAUUCAAGCCAAUUAAUAUUCAGUUAAUUUCAGGGGCCCUUGUAUUCCGUAACUUUGUAAUUUGUCGAACGCUUUUUCAAAGUCCAGAAUGACUGCAUGUACAGUUACAGUCGACCUUUUGGCCCUAAAACCAUGUGUAAAUCUGUUAAGAUGUUGUAUCGGUCGAACUACUUCAUGAUAUGGCUAUGAACAAUAUGCUCGAGCACCUGACAAUAAGAGUAACAAGUUGCUAUGAAAUUCCCCCGUGGUUUAUGAAGGAAUAUGCAAAAGAAUUGCUCCGACACUUACAAAGAUAUCCCAGGAGUCUAUAUAGACAGUGGCGUCGUACCAAAGAAAUGGAAAAACACAAACGUCACGGCUAUUUUUAAGAAAGGCUCUAAAUCCGAUCCUAUAUAAGAACUAAGUAUAGGCCAAUUUCGUUGACGUAUAUCGCUAGUAAGCAACUUGUUACUCUUAUUUGAACAACUUGUAGCAAGUCUGUUACUAUUAUCAAGAUCUGUCACACAAGUAAGAACAAACAGUGCGGGCAUGCACAUCCUAAUAUCGGCUUGUCAGACAACAACCCUGUUACAAUUUGUUUGCAGAUCCGUAACAACUUGCGCGAGGUGUGUAUAUUUCACAAACACUGUUGUAGUCCAUAUAUUAUAUAUAUAUAUAUAUAUAGGUGCAAAACACAUUGUUGUGUGUGGCAUAUUUUCGACAAUUUGUGUGGAGCAGGAGGUCGCUGUUGGUGAAAUGAUAAAAACCGAGUAUCCUGAAGCAAGUGUGACGUUAUCUCAUCAAGUAGCAAACUUUGGAUUGUUGGAGAGGGAGAAUUCUUCAAUUUUAAACGAAAGCUUGAAGCCAUUGAGUAAAACCGCCAUUUCUGCUUUCACUCAAGCUGUUAAAGAUGCUGGCCUCAACUGUCCGGUAUUUUUUACUCAGAAUGAUGGAACGAUAAUAAGGUAAAGAAGUUGGAAUUAUUGCAAAUUGCAUCGGACUGGUAAAGGCAAAAAUUCUUAUCAAUGAUUAUUGCCUAAUAUGCGUAAACUAUAAAUCAUACUGCUAUUAUAUAAGGUUAGUAUAAUGAGAAUGCCAGUGUUGUGCGGAUGCAAUACGUAAAUGAAGCAGUAACAAACACUCGUUAUUGCAAUUGAUUUAAAUUAGUGAUUUAAUGAGAUUCGUCUAAUAUAUAGUGCCAGGGAAUUCGCCACAGGUUUCCCCAAUUACGGCGACUCCGUAAUUAACUUUACAAUUACAAUAGUUUUAACAUGGUUGGAACAAACUAUAUAAUAUAGCCUAAUAAGACAAUUUACAGUCGAUGCAAGAGACAACUGACAACAACUUAAAAUUGCAUCAAACUACAUUUAACACACACAGAUUUCCAAGUUCGCGGGUCGUCACAAUUAAUAAAUUUUGGAUAGCGCGUUUUUGUAAUACAUCUUUUAUAUAUAGUCCAGAUUUGAAACCAUGCAAACCAAUAUCAGUAUCUAAUAUUACGGAGGUCACUUCUGGUAUGUUACAGUUUUAGCAAAGGGUAUUACAAAUUUUAUUAGCAUGACAAAAUUACUGGAUGCUUAUUGGUUGAGAGGUGUACAAUUAUUUCAUUCAUUGAGAAUUAUUUCCCCCCGGCGGCUAGUCCAAUUUUAGCAAAAUUUCCAAACAUCACUCGUACUAUUAUUAAUCCUAGACUUGGACGAAGUCCGUCUCUCUAGAGUGCGAGGGAGAGCGCGAGGUGCCACCUUGCGACUCGGACUCUAGAGAGACGGACUUGAUCCAAGUUUAUAUUAAUAUGGAUGAUUCCAGCUACAUAUAGACGAAAUUUUGAUCUAGACAGGAAGGACGAAAACCCAUUACCAUACUGUAGCUGGAAAGAACAUCUUAAAAUGAGUAAAACUGCAAAGUUUGGUUGCGAAUUGUUGUAAAAUGAGGGAAAUAUAGCCUUGUGAAGUUCGCAAAUUUAGUAUAUAUAAUUUGCAUUACGCGCGGGAAAAAUAACCAUUUUUGAGCCGAAAGUGGUUAUUUUUACCGCGCAUAAUACAAAUAUAUACAAUAUUUGCGAACUUCAAAGGGCUAUAUUUUCUUCAUUUUACAACAUUUAGCAACCAAUCUUUGCAGUUACUCAUUCUAAGACGCCCUUUCUAGCUGUGGUGUUGGAUUUCGUUCUUCUUGCCUUGAUUUAAAAUUUAAAUUUAGUCUAUAGCUGAAAUCACCUAUUGUACUCGCCAUUGCAUGAUUACCUAUACUAAUCAAGUUUUCGUUUCGUUCACUUCUGGUUACUCUCGUCAAUUAGCCUUUCUCACGCCCGAUUUUCCCGCCAUUUUUGGGGGUACUGCCUCUCCCACGUUUGAGACUCUCCGCACCACAAAAUGCGACUUUUUGGUAUUACAGUUGUUUGUGUAAUGGUAAAUUUACAAUUGCAACUUUUAAAAGUUGCUUUUCGAUCACGUUGUUUGAAUUGUCUAAAAUCGUUCACGAGGGCAGACAGUACUCAAAAAAUGGCGGAUCUUAGCCUUCGUGAGUAAGGCUAAUUGAAAGGGUCGUCACGAAGCUCUAGGAAGAUGUUCUGUGAUUGGUUGAUUAUGACAAUGACAAAAGAAUAAGCUAUAGAAUGGAUUUUGUAAAGAACGAAGCAAGAACAAUAUUCCUUUUGUUUAUGUAAGCCAAUUACGUCUUUUGUUAUUGUCAUAGUCAACCAGUCACAGAACAUCUUCGUGUUUACUGAAUUGAAAAGUUACAACCACUAUAGUGCUUGUAGCUCAUUAGCAUAAUGAUCGUGAGGAUUUGACCUCUCGAGGCCUUGAGGAAAAUAUGUAUAUCGUGUUUAAUAUUUUUCACCUCGCGAGGAAAAAAUCUCAACGUCUGCGGAUGUUGCGAGCUUAGUGAUGAGCUGCUUGAAUCAAUUGGCCAAUGAGAAACCAUAGUUUCUUCAUGUGACCUUGAACAAAAUGGAGGAAAAUGCAAACGAUUUUGUCAAUUAUGUUGUUGUUGGGCAUUUUUCCCAACGUGCUGUGAAAAUGCAUAGCCGAGGUAACCGCCACACGAGGCGGUAAUUAGCUCAGCAAGUUUCUCUCAUGUGCGGCAGGCUUUUGGAGCAGUGCAAAUCUGUUGCCAUCGUUUUAUUUUCGUUAUCGUUUUAUCGUACAGAAAUCUAAAAUCCUGCGUUUUUAAUUGUUUAAUUAAAUAGUGUUGUAAACACUGAAGAAUGGUCAAAAAAAUGUUUUAGCCAUAUAAUUACAAAUAACUUAUUGACUGAGCUUGUGCGGUCCGGACAUUGGGAUAUCCGUGUGUAUAUGAUCUACGGCUCGGUCCAUAUAUACAAACAAAAAAAGAACUACAGUCCGGACCUCUUGCUCAGUCGAAAAGAAGUGAGAAGCUUUAAUUGAGGACCAAUUAACAUUUGUGUUUACAAUGUUAUAUACUGCAUGUAUAAACAUCCGAAUAUACUGUAAGCACACCCGAAUAUAAGCUUGCCAGUGUACAAUGAUAUUCACUAAUGACCAGGUCAUUCCAAAUAUAAGCCCCUCUCCCCCCGAAUAUAAGCCCCCCCCCCAAAAAAACACAUAAGCCUCCCCCGAAUAUAUGCCUUUCCGUGUAUAAGCCCAUGGGCUUAUUAUUGGACGGGUAUUUAUUAACGCAACGACGGGGAUUCCAACAGCUCAGAGGAGUGACAAUAACUACAUUACGGUAUUAUUUAACAAUUAUUCUUCGAAGGCGAGGUGAUUAUCGGUGAUUAUUUUUAUUCAGGAUAAUCACCGAGCCUGAGGUGAAUAAUUGUUUUAGUAUAAUUCCAUGGGUGAUUAUUUGGAGAAAAGUAAAAAAAUACACAUUUCUUCGUCAUUUAAUUGACAAAACGGCUUCGGCUGCCAUUUUGAAAAUCGCGUAGGUGAUUAUCGCGUUAUAAUCACCUCGACGGCAACCAAUCAGCGUGGAGAAUUUUCAAUAAUCACCUAUGUAAUUAUACUAGAACGUGUUAACCAAUUUAUUUUAUUAUGUGUUAUAUACUGCAAGUUUAUAUUUCUUUUCGUUCACGGUAUAGUUUACAGAUACAGUACAAUAAGCCUCCCCCCAUGUAAAAGCCGCUUCAAAAAAUGCUUAUGGACGAAUAUAAGUCCUGGGCUUAUAUUCGGAGGUUCACGAUAUCAUACGUAUUGAUGCGUUAAUUUAACUUGGACUCUAUUUCUUACAGUGCAGAGAAGAGUUCGCAAUUUCCUGUUUUGACAUUCUCUUCUGGUCCGACGAACAGUAUGCGAGGUGCAGCAUUCUUAUCCCGAAACCAAGACGCCAUUGUUGUUGAUAUUGGUGGUACCACAACAGAUGUGGGGGUUUUAGUGAAUGGCUUUCCAAGACCAGCAUCAUUUAGAGUGAAAUGUGCUGGUGUUAUGACUAACUUUCGCAUGCCAGAUGUAUUUAGUUGUGCGCUUGGAGGUGGAUCAAUUGUUUCGAAUGAAGGAAAAGAGGUACAGUACUUAGUAUUAGUAGCAGGAUUUUAGCCAGGUUCUGAAAACUGGGUGUCCGAAUUGCCCAUGGCCCUUUGGGGACCAGGGGUGUUGCAUAUUUUUCGAUAAUACCACUGUCACUAGGCAGUACGCACUCUAAAAACUAACGUUCUAAAAUUGUAGUAGUUUGAAAGGGCAUGUAGUAAAACACUGACUACCGGAACACCACCGGAACACCACCAUUUUGUUUGGGGUUAGGGUUUGGGGUUAGGGUUUGGGGUUAGGGUUAGGGUUGGGGUUAGGGUUGGGGUUAGGGUUAGGUGGUGUUCCGGUGGUGUUCCGGUGGUGUUCCGGUGGUGUUCCGGUGGUGUUCCGGUGGUGUUCCGGUGGUGUUCCGGUGUUCCGGUAGUCAGUGUUUUACUACAUGCCGUUUGGAAGUGUAAUCGCAAGUUAUCGUGCAUUACAAUGCAAUAAAUACGUCCCUUCCCCCUGUUUUCAAUUUGCCGUCUUAAAUAAAAAUUAGAGAGCUUAAGCUUCGCGUUCAACGUCAAACGUCAGGCAAAGAAAAAUUUUACGCUAUAAAGCAAUAAAAAGUAAAUGGGCUUGUUGUUUUUAUAACUAGAAUGCUUAUAACUAUUCCUGUGUCAUAUGAAAGAAAAUAUGACACAUAGAAAUCGAACGAAAAUUAUGCCAAGAAAAUUCGGCCUUGCCGUUUGUCGUUCCCGCAAACGUGAAGCUUGAACUCCCUAUUGGCUGGACGGCUAAGACUCUGAUUAGUAGUAUAGGAUUGGAUCAAUAUAAGUAUUUCACCACUUACCCAGUGUCAUAAUUUGGUGUAAUGCAAUGUAGUUGACUAAAUUACAACUUAACUAUUGGCCAUUCCAACUUGAGCAGACUGGGACCGAGUGUCAAGUGUAAAAUAUGAAGAAAUAACUCGAUUAAGCUCAAAAUUGUUAAGUAUACUUUGACUGUAAUUGAACAAGUACAGCAUGAAUACUGAGUUUUGGGUCGCCAUCAACCUACAUGAACGAGCUUUAUAAAUUAUAUGCUUUCUAAAUAACGAGCCAUAAACACUGAUCACUAUGGUUUUAUGAAGUCGAUCACAAAGCAUGAUCAUUUUAGGUUGGAGUUUUAGAAAUUAAUUAAAAAUUACUACGAAAUAUAUGGAAGUUUGAGGUUUUAGGGAGCGGACGUUACUAUAAAAAUUAUAGUAAGUUUUCCAAUUUUUGAAAACUUGUCAGUCAUCUAAAUAUACUAAAUUGCCCUUUAGUAUAUUUAUUGGAUUGAGGAUUCUCCUGUGCCGAAUAAAGGAAUCUGUUACUUCGGAACUUUUUAAACUUGAGUUGAAAGUUAGCUGACAAAUAUUUAUGCCUUGAAAAACAAAAUAUUUAUAUUUUUGUUUAUAUCAUUGAUUCUUCAUGGGCUGCAGUGAUAUAAACAAUGUGAAUAAUAAAUUACCGACGGAUGAGUCCGAUACCGUAUAACGAAACGUCUAUCCCCACUGUUUUUCUAAUAGAGAGGUUCAGAUUUGACUUUCACUCCCGCCACUACACCCCUCAUUUGUUUAGUCCACAUCUGAUUGGUUAAUCGGAUAUAUGAAACGCAUCUGAUUGGUUCGUAGUUUUUUAGCGGUACUGGUAGCAGAAGUCAAAUCUGAACCUCUCUAAUGAUGCAGUCUCAUGGACAUCCAGAAAACUGCCAAAGCAGACUACAGUAUAAUAUGUGAAUGUAAAACUUUAUUGAGGCCUUUGAGGGUAAAAAACACUCUACAUGCAAGUCCUGAUAGACCGAUAAACUAGUGGUCCUCAAUAUUAUACUAAAAAUUAAACUACAUAAAUAACUUAAUACCUAUCUAAAAUAUCAAGCUUUCGUUGGUGAGGAUGGAACUACCUGAAAAAUAUAAGGAGAAUUUCGACGUUUCGAAUAUAUACAAAUUUUUAUUUCUUAUUAUGUAUAACACUACAAUAAUCAAGACCUAUGAGUAGGGCCAGGGAUUUUUCUUUGCUGUACUGGCAAAGUGUUCCAUAACUUUCUUGCAGUUGUUAAGAAUGUUUUUCCUCCUUUCGUUUCCCUGAUAUAAUGGGGACAACGCGAGAUAAACGUGUCGCACAACUGACUGAUAUUCAUCUUUUAAAUAAUACAGCAAUUAUCGAAUUCAGUUUAUAAUAUAAUUAUAUAAAUAUAUAUAUAAUUCGUCAUAUAUGAAGAAUUACAUGACGCGUUUGUGUUCGGCUUCGGCAUAUAACACAACUUCGGCCUUGAUAAUACUUCAUAUCAUGCUGCUAAACCUCGAUAAUCGCUAUACUUACCUAAGUUAUAAUCUCGAUUUCGUUUAUUUUAUUUUCCUAACAGCCGGUCGUUGGACCGAAUAGUGUCGGUUAUGAACUGAUAACCAAAUCCUUGGUGUAUGGAGGGUCAACGUCCACAACAACUGACUUUGCAGUGGCGGCAGGGUUGUGCAGUAUUGGCGACUCCAGUAGAGUUGCACAUCUGGAUAGUUCUUUGGUUAGCUCUGUUGUGUUAACUAUCAGACAAUUACUGGAAGAUAGUAUUGACCAAGUCAAGGUAAGAUUCACAUUGUAUGUUUUUCAAGCAGGCCUUAAAAUAUAUUUUACAGAGCCGUUUGACAGAAUGUCCGAUGCAUGACUUUGAGUUUGGGUCAGACAUAUGUAUGUUCAGUUUGGCUCAGAAAUAAGUCUGAAUAACACAAAUUAAUAUCAGCACAAUGUAGGUUAAUUCUGAACGGCAAAUGUCGUGAAGAUAUUCAAUAAUUUGUGUCAUUCAUACUCAUUUCCAAGCCAAAAUUAACUUGCUUGCCAAGAACAGCAGUGACAGUUCGACAACUUAAGCCCGUUUUCCACUUCACCAUUUCGCUUGCCGCGCCCUCGAUUACAUUAAAACAACAUUUCCAGUUAAAUUUUUAUACGCUCCUUUGAUUAUCCAUAAACCUCAAUUUCACUUAGGUUAGCCUGCGUAGCAGACGUUUAGUGCGGGCGGGAGAGUGGAGGGCUCUACACUUAGGUUGGACAGAAUGUCCGGUGCGGACAAUUUCACGUUUGCGUCGGACAAUUUCACGAUAUUUUAUGACCGACCGAUAUUUUAACGCCUGUCAAGUAUCCUGAUACGACCCUUGGUAGUGGUCUAAACCUAUCUUAGAAAAGUAAUGCUGACAGUAUAUGCAUGUAUAAGAAAAUAUCAUCUGGAAUAUAUGCUAUAUCAAACAAAUCAAAGAGUUCGUUGAUAAAAAAAACCCACUCAUAUUGGUGUAUAAUGCUUUAAUUCAACCCUAUUUUAGUCACUAUUGCGAUGUAAGGUUUGGAAUGUACUUGGCGAAAGCCAAUCCCUUCGUCUUCAACAGCUUCACAACAGAGCUAGCAAGUGUACCUGAGCAGCAAACUGUACUGAAUUUAUUAGGAUGGGAAACACUCAAAACACAAAGAAUGAAAGCUAAAGCGAAAAUGUUUAAUUUAAAAUACUUCAUAUAUAGUAUGGGGCCAAAUUAUCAUAAAGAAUUAUUUACUUUCAAAAAGGAAAUAUUAAAAAUCAAGUACCGUUUAUACGUUUACUGGCAAAGCCUGACGUUCAAAUAGUUUGAAAAAGAGUUUUAUGUAUAUGAUGAUGUCUCCGUCAGUGGAACUCUUUACCAGACGACACUGAUAAGAGAAAACAAAAUGCUAUCAAGUUUUGAAAGGAGAAUCGCUUCCCAUUGCUUUUGAAACACAUAAUUUCUGUAAAUAAUGUAUCUGAGUGUAUAGAAUUUUAUAUUUCCAUGCUCAUUCCUUACUCUUUUUAAACUUGUAAUAAUUUGUUGGUUCACACGCCCAUUGCCGAAACCAGCUUUAGCUGACAAUGUUGGCGUGGUUAAAUAAAGUUUACAAUCAUCAUCACUCUUCUGAAUCUCACAUAAGAAUUCUGAUGAAAAUUUUGCAAAGCCAUUAUGCAUUGACGUGCUUAUAAGCAUUUUAAAGUUUCAACCUGUCAAAACUAAAUUGUCAAAACUUGUACCAAACUUAUUAUUCCUGUCCCCAUUACUGGGUGCUCCGUGCUCGAUAUAGUAUUAGAGCCGCGAUGAGCCCAAAAUUGAUUUUAAUUUUAUGUUUAGUAUAUGGAUUUUUAAAUUACAGGAUAAAAAACAAUCAAAUAUUUUUUAUAAUAUUUAAAUGAUUAAAAUUUCAUAAAGGAACGUCAUCUUAAUGACUCGAAGUGUUCCAAUAAAUUUCUACAAUUAUGUACUUGCGCAAAAGACACGAAUGCAUGGCUCCUAACUUGUUUCAAUGAGAAGAGAAAAAAAGCUUUAAAAACCUCUGGACACUUCCUAUUGGCCUAAACAGGCUAAACUCGCGAAAUACGGCAGCUACAGUAUAAAGCCUAGGUUACACGUGUGAUUUUUUUCUCGCGCCGGAAACGCAAAGGGUCAAAUUUCAGUGCGUUACCGGUGCGAGACACGAAAUCGCACGUGUAACCCUAGCUUAAUAAGGCCGUCAAGGAAAAUGCAACAAGAUAUUUGUGGACUGUAGUCGUAGGUUGUGUUAUAAGAAGUUAUUGUUACUUUUUAUAGGUCAAGGCAGAGUCCCAGCCUGUGAUACUUGUCGGAGGUGGUAGUGUUCUCGUUGAUGUUACAAAGUCAUUACAAGGAGCAUCAGCUGUAAUGAAGCCAGAACAUUUUGAGGUAUGCAUGUGAUGUAAAAUGGGAUUUUUGGUUUGUAUGAACAGGGCUCAGAAUAAUGGGCGGUAGGUCUCUGGUCAUUAAUACAUACAUAAACUUUUAAUGCGCCUAAACUAACAGUGAAACAAAUAACGUCAAUGUCUGUCCGUAUGUGAAAUUGGUGCUAAAAGUGGGUUACAACCUGUCCUUAAGAGUUAAGUUAUAUUCAUGUUCGUUAGUUCCACAAAUAAAUCUUUUUCAUGAGUGAUUUUCUAAAUUCUGUAUAUUAUUAUAUUCUUUGCGUGUCAAAAAGUUCCUUCUUGGUUCGAACGACUCUGGUGUUUCCUCGGUAAACCAAUAAUAUCUACUCUUUCGAUAUCUUCCUUUAGGCAGUGUGGUAAACCAGCCCAAAUUGAUGCCGCAUAUUCCAGAAUGGGCCUUAUCGUUGUGCAGUAGGUUGUAAGUCUUAUAUUUCUCGGGAGAUUUGCUUUCCUGCAGGCCCUCACGAAAUAAAUUAUUUUACUUGCCUUCGUAACGAUAUCUUGUAACUGAUUUCCAUUUAAGGUUAUUCUGUCUGGUAACUCCAAGGAGCUUGAAUUUUGUAACUCUUUCGAUCGUUUCAUUGCCUAUACUAAUGUUUGGAGGGGCUGGGCAUGAUCUCGUCAAUCCUAUCCACAUAUCUUUUGUCUUGUCAGUGUUCAACUCUAUUUUGUUUUGAAUGGCCCAGUCCUUCAGAGAAUUUACUGCUUCCUGCACUUUGCUGUUUUGUCCAAUAGAGACAAGUUCGUAUUGGCUACAAUCGUCAACAUACUUGCAUGUGACUGUUAAUAGUUCAUUUGGAAUACAAUUUCCCAUGUCAUUGAUAUAAAUGUUAAAUAACAUAUAGGGGAGAUAACCGUGCCUUGAGGGACACCAGCUGGUAUUGCUUCCGCUCUAGAUAGGACAUUUAAGAAUUUAACUUGCUGUGUCCGAUUGGCCAAAAAGCUCACUAUAGCCAGAAUGAUUUAUUGACCCCUAUAUUUCCCAGCUUCGUCAGGAGAAUCUGAUGAUCGAAAAGGUCGAACGCUUUCCGAAAGUUUAUAAACAGCGCAUGUAAACCACCGUUUGGGCUGCCUUGACCUGUGGCAUCGUACCAAUCUUGAGUCAUGCUGGUCACAAUGCGCUGACUGUGGAUCUAGCCAUCAUAAAUGCAUGCUGGUUUGCUUUAAUAUCAAGAUCUGCUUGAUUUUGCAGUAGUUGUAUCUUCUCCAGGACUUUGGCAACUUGCGGUAUUACUGAAAUCUGCCUGAAAUCGGUACCUAAAUUCCUAGGAUCUUUCACUUUCGGAACGGGAGAGAUGAGAGCAUGUUUGUAGAUGCUUGGAUAUUUGCAUUGGAGGAUAUUGGCGCAGAUAAUUUCGUGAAUACUCGGAGCUAAUUCUUCGUGGAAGCAACUUUAGUACUCAUGCAGAUAUAGCAUCGAGGCCAGUUGCCUUUUUUGGAUUUAAACGCUUUUAAUAUUGUCCUUACUUGUACAAUGCGGUAAUAGCGGUUCGUGAUCUAUAGUUUCUGCAUAAAAAAAACCUAGGUAACAAAUCUAUGUAGGUAAGGAGGACAGGUACCACUUGAAACUAAAAUGUUUGAAAUUUUGUAAAUUUUGUUGCAAACACAACAGACACUCUCAAUACUACUAGAAAUGCAUGCAUGCCGUAACCUCUAACCCUUUCUAUUAAAAAAACAACUUGAGUAAUCAUCAGUUCUGAUAAUAUUUUCUCGAAUCCCCCUCGCUCCCUUAUAAAUGAUAAAAAUCCACCAUUCAGUUGUAAAUUUCAGUGUGAGUGAACACUGAACAGUUGUUUAAAUUCAGGUUGCGAAUGCUGUUGGUGCAGCGUUAAGCCAAGUGAGUGGUGUUGUUGAUCAUGUUGUUGACAUAAGCACAAUAACUCGCGAGAAGGCUCUAGCAGAUGGGCAAUCUCUUGCUAUAACGAGAGCAAUAGACAAUGGCGCUCAAGCCGAAACUGUCGCAAUAGUAGAGAAAUCUGAAACUCAAUUGGCGUACUUAAAAGGUGGAGCAACUCGUGUCCAGGUUAAAGCUGUGGGAGAUUUAGCUGUAGGUAAGAUAAAAGAAAUGCCUAGUUUUAAGACGAAAUGUGCUUGUGUAGUCCCGCAGAAGCCUAAAAUAUGCGAUACUGAUGGUUAGCUUUGGCACCAACCGUAGACAAGUAUAAGUUAGCAAUCAUCUUGGGGGUGGAAGGGUCAGUUUCGGGUAAAUGAACGGUAAUCCAAACCCACAAGCCAAUAUUUCCUGUCGAAGGUGACCGAAGUACUUGAAGAAAACCCACGACGUUCGGUAGAGCGUUGACUGAGGCUACGUUUACAUUUUAUCAGAUAGCUUUUCGUAGCGGCGCGAAAAAGCACCUACUGUAUCCGAUACGAAAUGUACAACUUUCAGAAACUGGGCAAAACAACAUCUCUCUGUUGCAACAAUUCCUCUGAAAAUAGCGUUCCUAAAAGGUACAGAUAAGUCUUUUUUUACGUCGCUACGGAAAGCUAUCCGGUACAAGUGUAAACGUAGCCUGACAUUUUCAUAUAAGUAGGAUAGGAUAGGAUAGGAUAAAACUUUAUUUGACUACGCUGGCCACUUCAACCAUAGCUGCUUUCCAAGUGGGGCGUAGAUAAAUGUUACAAAAAUAUAUAAAAUACAAAAUCACUAAGAAUAUUAAGAACUACGAAUACAAAUACAUAUUACAAAACAAAUGGUAUACAAAACUCAAAUAGCUAAUUUGUCAGACUAACAGAGGAAAUAUUUCUAUUGAAAGAAUUUAAAGAUUCGCUGUUUCUUAUUUGUUCAGGAAUGCUAUUCCAGAUUUUAACCCCACUAUAUCGAAAACAUUUUCUGCCAUACUCGGUAUUUGGUCGUGGCAGAAAGAGAGACGAAUUUGAACCUCGUAAAUUAUAACUGUGGAUAUGGUUAGAAUUCUGGAACAUUGAUGAGAACCUCGAUGGUGCCAAAUUAUUGACAACCUUAAACAUGAGACGGGCCAUAUUAUGUUUUUGCCUUUCUUCCAAGCUUAUCCACCCUAAUUGAUCGAGGGCCAGUUGAGAUUGCCCAGGCUCAUCUUUAAAGUUCAUUAUAAUUCUAGCACAUCUGUUGUGAAGUUUAUAAUUCUAGCACAUCUGUUGUGAAGUGUCAUGCGACCGCAACGCGAUCGAAUCGACCCCACGAUCUAUCUUAGGGCUUUUUUCCACUCAUCGCAAAACCCAACUCAUAAGCUCGCUCCGAGUGUUUGCAUCCAAUCACACUGAACUGUUGAGCACUGUGAUUGGUUGAAAGCACUCAGCUGGCUUGCGAGUUCACUCUCGCGAUAAAUGGAAAACGAUUGCGCCUCCGAAGACCUAAGUCUCUGUAUCCUCCUAAUCUUGAACUGAUUAAUUAUCAAGAUUGGUGUUGUGUUUAGAUGACAUAGGUGAUCAAUUCCAUUGCAUACCUUCUGCAAGUUCAAAAGAAGGUAAUAAACAUGAAGUUUGUGAAGAAAUUGAUCGCGAGGAACCGUCUUUGGGUGAAGGUAAAGCUAGAGGAGGAGAAGAGGUCAGAAGACCUUUAACUGUGAAUAAUGUGAAUCCGUAUGUUGAAGAAUCGAGUGGGGCAUGGUUGUUGAAUGAGUAUGAUGUGAAUUGUAUUGCGACAGGAGCUGGAAUAUUGUCUUGUGGUGGCGGUGGGAAUCCUUACCUUGGUAAACUGACUGCGAUUUUAACUUUGCAAUCCGGGAAAGAAAUACGAGUAAUUCAUCCAGAUAGGUAUGUGAAAUGUUUAUAUAAUAUGUGAAAUUCAAAUAUUGGAAUCCAUUUCACUAUCUUUAACAAUGGCAAGAGCUUGAUAUUUGGCAUAAUCAAACUUGGUGGUCUUGUUACAGUAUAGCAUCACAUUUCCCAGAUCAUUGACACAAUUGUAGUAGACGUCUAGGGAGUCAAGACCCGCGUGUUAUAUUGAUAUUUUACAUAAAUAUUGAUAUUUUACAUACAUACACUCUACCGAAAGUCGUGGGUUUUCUCCAAGAACUCCGGUUUCCUCUCACAGGAAUGUUGACAGGGUGGGUUGGGAACUUGGGAUGAUUCCCAAACUGACCGCUCCACCGUUGCUAUGCUUCGUGAUCCAACGUGAGUCAUAAGGCCAUCUGCCAUAGGCGCCCUUCGAAUGCCUUCGACUCGAUCAGGUUGAGCACUUGAGCUGCGUUCUUCAUAAUUCAACUUUGUUACCUCUCAGCAGCAAGAACAGGUGGGCAAUUUGUCGACGCUGACCAAAAAUAGCGGCUCAUUUCUUCUUGAGUUGUCAUUUUUGCGUCGAAGAGCAAAAAUAUAGACUUUCGGAUAAUAUUUUAGCUGUUUACUAUCAAAUAUGUUUGUCAAACAGUUGAUAAUCUUACUGAGGAAGGCCAACAGUUUCUGAAAAGCUAAAGUACGUCGAAAUCAGCUUUGGAAUAGACUAUAUUCUAACCGGGGAAACAUGAACUAAAUGGAUAUUUUACAUCAACACUAAAUUUUGCUCGUUCCCACGGAGCUAGUUGGAUUAAAACAGAUGUUAAGAAGUAAGUGAAAAUGUGAAUUUUGUGAAUUAUACUUUCAUUAAAAUGUUUCAGAAGGUCUGCUAAUGCCAAACGACACGGGUAACAGAGCUGUCAAUAUACUCAUAUUUCAAUGUUUAUGUUGAAAUGACCCAUCUUCUUUGAGGUAUAGCUUAAAAAUUAGGGCAUGCUCAUCACUUGAAACUAGCUUUAAAUCAAAGUUUUAUCUAUAGUCUUUUUAUUAGAAUUAAAAUCAUUCAUGGGAAAAAUGUGCCAAAGGGUUGAAAUUGCCCUUGUAAAUAUACACUAUUUUUGACAUGUUUGGGUUAGUAUUUUGAAUAGGUGCUCUGGAAGGGAAAUAUGUCUUGAACAAUACUGGUUGACCCUUAAAUUAUAACUAGUGUUAUGUAAAUCACAGAAAAUUUAAAAAAAUCUGGUCCAUACACAAUAGUUUGGAUUCUACGAGGUCCCGAAUGCGGCUUAUUUCAAUGUUGAAUCUGUUUACCUGGAAAAACAUAGAAAAUUGAAUAAGUCAAGAAUUUGACUAUGCUCAUCACCCAAAACCAGGUUUUUCUAAUUGCUUUUUCACAUGAGUUUGUGGCAAUACCAGUUAUGCGACCACGAAAAAUGCGCGCGGCACUUUUUUUGGACACUGAAGAUGUGGCGACAUUUGAUAUUGUUGUAUAUUGCCAUCCUCUUAUCAUAGCAUAACUUAACUUAUUUUAGUGAGUUUGUUAAUUAAUUAAAGAAUUGUGGUCACUAUAUGCCUGUAGUGUCUAAGAUUUUUUCAUAGCAUUAGAUGAUAAAUUUAUGUUCUGUUUUCUUUUAUUUUUAGGUGAUAGUAUCUGUUCACAUGUGUGUUGGUAUCAAAUUUUGCACAAGAUUAAAUUAUUAUUUCACAUUCCUCUAUUGAAAUAUCCAAAUAAAUGGAAUAUGACAUCAAGCUGGAGGACUAAAUCCUGUUUCCAAACUUGUUUUUGUAAAAAUAGAAAAUAACAACUUAUUAUGUGUUGUUCUAAUAAAAAGUAUUGUUUUUGAUAUGCACAUUUAAUUUUUGAAAUUACAUUUCAUUCUUUGUUAAGGUGGCUCGAUAUAGUUAUUACGAAAACCCUGCUCAAGAAUCGCGAACUCAAAACCGGGUAACCAUUUUUACGCGCAGUCGCGGAAACUGAUUAACAAAAUGAAAGAACUUCCAAAAUGACCUGACGUGAGCAGUUGCUCGCGCCAUAUCACGCCAUUGCACGUGUUCUGUAGCAUUUUAUGUCAAUUGCUGACGUCAUUAGAAUUUUCCAUUUUAGAAAAACAAUGCGCUAUAUCUCUUUAUUUUGUCUGGUGACCUAUGUUCAAAUUUUGCAUGCUGUAUUGCACCGCUAAAAACUUUCAUUAUACAAAAAAUAAAAAAAUUCUGUAAUGCCAAAAAAAAAUUACCGAAGAAUAUGACAUUUUCGCAUUUUCAAAAAAAAUGGCAUUACAGAAUUUUUUAUAUUUUGCCAAUUGUUAGCUUUUCGUCCAAGUAAAAUAAUGCACGAAAAAAAAAUGGGGGUCACCAUGCUUUUUCCAAAUAUACGAGACGAUAGGCCAUUUUGGAGUGAAUUUCGUACACCUGAAUUUUUGAAAACUGUAUCGAGCCACCUUAAAAUGUGUACCAGGAAUACUGAAAUCUUUCAGAUCAGCUAACAAUACCUUUGUAACUUAUAUAGCCAAGUGUUCUAUCUAUUUCUGUUCAGAUUAAACAAAUGAUGGGUAAAAUAUUGGAUUAGACUUUUGCAAGAAAAUGAGCUUGUCUGUUUUCAAAGCAUAAAAAGCAAUAAAAUAAAGCAAAAGUACUUAUUUUCACUGUAAAAUCUUUGGAAUGCAUAGCUUAAUGUUUUCCACUAAAUAUUACAAAGUUUUCGUUCAUUAAAAUGUUGUUUUAUCAGCUUUAAAACCAGAUAAAUUCACGAAACACUCCUAAUAUAUGUCGCCAUAUUGAUUUUCUUCGCGCAUGCUCAGACAAAUUGCCCACCUGUUAGCAGCAAGUGAUAUUUCAAAUCCGACUAUGAGGACUGGACUGGAUUUCAAGUCCGCGCAAUUCGAUCCAGUCCAAGGUGAAGCCGAGGACUGGGUCAAAAUGCAAGAACUUGUAAUCUAGUACAGUCCGAAUUGGAGGAUUUGGAAUGACAUCUCAUACGAAUAAGUCACUACUUAAAGUGAGGUGAGUUAAUUACCAUGCAGGUAUCCAGUAUUAUCAUGUGAGCAAAAUAAAGUAUAUGGCUGCUAAUUUACUCAUGAAUUGUUGUGUUUGAGAUGUAUGGAUGAUUAGCACUACCUCACUUGCUUGCUUAUUAAAGAGAGUAAUCUUUGAUGCUCAACAUCUUUACAAGUGAAACAUUUUCUAUAUUUCAUUUUAGUGUGCCAAAGAACGGUCUCAUUUUGCCAGUGGCGUUCAUGGGAGCUCCGUCAGUUAUAAUUGAAAAAUUAAUUGGCGGUGAUGAACUGCAACUAGCGGCCGAAAAAAUGCAAGAAUUGCUGAUUUGUGACGAGAAAGACAUCGAAAUUUCCGAAUCAGCACGAGGAGUUAAGUAUGUGACGCAUUUGCCGGAGCUUCAGUCGACUGUGGUAAGGAACUAGUGACGUGUUGUCGAAUAAUGCUUUUUGCUCUGUUUAUUCACGGUGCUCACUGCAAUUAUAUACACAAAUCACGAAAUUCGGGCAAGAAUCACAGUUAAAGAAAAAUGCGUAUUUAAGUAUUCAAAUGUUCCCACGUGCACUCAUGGUUACAUAUCACUACAAUACAACACGAAUGCAUGAGUGAACAUUUCAAUACCUUAAUGCGCAUAUUUUGAAUCAUCCAGUCACAGCUACAUGUUUUUCUUUGAAUUCGGGCUUUGCCCGACUCAGAACGCGUCAUUUGGAUGCGCAAUCGAAUUUCGCCAUUCGUGUAUAGCAUAUAUAGUUGGUAAACAGGGAUCCUUAAAUCUCAAAUCAUUAAUACUUCAUGAGUAAAUUAGCCAACCAUAUUGCUUUAUUUUGCUCACAUAACAAUACUGAAUACCUAGUGAAGUAUAUUGAUCCAAUCCUAGGACUAAAAACGAAUUCAGUCCUUGGACUGGAUCAAAAUGAAUUCACCUACCUUUAAGUAUAGUGAUUUAUUCGUAGGAGAUGUCGUUUCAAGUCCUCCGAUUCGAACUGGACUAGAUUUCAAGUCAUCGCAUUUUCAUCCAGUCCUCGGCUUCGCCUCCGACUUGAAAUCUACAGUAGUCCAGUCUUCAUAGUCGGUGUAGUGAACAGCUAUAAAUAGUCAUUCUGAACAAUACCGUAUAUGGAUAAUAUAUAUUUAUACCUAAACAUAUGGAAGGGAUAUAUUUCAAGUUGUGAGACACGCAAGCUGUCUCAAAUAGAACAUAUAAAAUAUAAAAGCAAGAAAAUAUUAUGUUGGCGACGAAGAUGGUUGACCAGCCAACUGAGCAAGCUGAGCAACAAAGAGAAUAUUAUAGUCGGAUUUAAAGUAUUACUUAAUUCAUAUAGGUUUGACCUUCUGGAUCUUCUGUAUUCCAACAUGAAAAACAAAUUUGUUGUGUUGUGUUAGAAUACAAUUCAAGUUAACCACUUUUCAAGGCUCCAGUGCAACGUGCCGCAACCUCGUUCCCAGGGCCUUUUCUCUGCCGGUUGUUCUAAAACCCGUUCUGCUCUAAAUGUGAAAGAUAACAUUUGUUGAAAAUGUAAAAAUAUUCCAGUGUUUUUCAAAAAAUUGUAACAUGUAUAAAAUAAGAUAAAAACUUUAUUUCACGAGGGUAACACCUUAUAAGAUUGAUAAAAGUGUAUAUGAUAAAAGCGACCACCGUUUUCUAAUAUUCAGGUUUAGACUAUUUCAAAGUCAUUGCCGACGUAUGGAUCAUUCGAUUAGACUUCACCUUCAAGGACAAUUAUUUAUCAACUUUAGGAGAAUAGACUCAGACUUUAAUAUUAGUAUUUUAAUAUUAGUGUAAAUAUGUCUGUCGAAUUGGACGAGACCAUAAAGGUCUUUGGUUUCACCAAAAUGUUCUGGUUAUUUUCCUAUGUUUUUCACACGUAAUGAGCUUGGAUCAUUAAACAAACUUAUAUAUACAGCUAAUUCAAUUAACACUGUCCUCUAAAGGUAUAAACUAACAACUGCAACUCAGUGAACUCACAUCCUUUAAUUUGUCUAAAAAUUGUUCCGGCAUCGUCGUUGCACGUUUCGUACAGGGUUGGUAAGUUAGAUGAAUAAUUAGGCCAAAUCGUCAUUAGUGCCGUUUAGAAAACAAAGAAAACAAAGGCCUAUAGUGUGACGGUGUUUGGCUUAAUUAUUCAGUAAACCUACCAACCCUGGUUUCGUAUCAGCUAUCCCUAUAUUGGACGAUGACUUCAUUAUACGAAAAUGCAAUGUGCUCAAUCACCGUGACCGUGCACAAAUUAACAUAAACUCCGACAAAAACAUAAUGCAAUGACAUUACAUAAAAUUAUCUUGAUAGACUAUGUUUGCCAUAAAAGAACAAUCUAAAUUUUUUGUUUGAACUUGUAAGCCGAUCUAAGCCAGUUUUCCACUUCGAUCGUACCGAAACGUACCGUAUUUCUUUGUUUCCGAGCACUGGUGGAAGUGGAACUAAUGACUUCCACACAAAAUUAAAGAAAAUGCUACGGUACAUUACGAUAAGGUUAAAGUGGAAAACAGGCUUUAAAGUCGAUGUUUCGCGGUUUCGAGUUUUGAUUCGCUGGGACUAUGGAAAUAAGCAACUUUCAAAAAUCCGUGUUGUAAAAGUAUACCACUAAAGAAAAGCGCGUUUGCAUCGUAUUAAAUUGCAAUGGGGUUGAUACUGAUCGUGUCUAGUCGCCUGGGCAGAGGUGCCCCAGCGACUAAUUAGCUGUAGAGCAAUGUUAUUAAAUAUGACAGUUGAAUUAAAUAUGACAACAUGUUAAUUGACUUCAACUUACAUUGCCAUGAAUCAGGUUUUCAACGUUUUUGUAAUAUGUCAUUUUCAGAUUCCCGACGACAGGAAAAUUGUUGGGUUAAUGAGCGCGGAAAUUGGUGGAAUGAAUUCAAUUGAGCCUUUAAUAUUGGGGGCGAAACUUGGGCUACCUGUUUUGGAUUGUGAUGGCAUGGGUCGAGCUUUUCCCGAGCUGGAUAUGUUUCUCCCACAUAUCCAUGGAUUACCCUCAUGUCCUUCUGUGAUCGUUGGUUCCAGGAAGUCUAGUGAAGCGAUGACGUAUGCCGCAACGGCAAAGGAUUUAGAGAAUGAUUUGCGAGAGCUGAUUGUUUCAAAAAUGGGGUAAAGUAGCACUAAUAUAGCGUUAUUUAUACUGGAUAACUCUAUCAGAUUAUGAUGCUUGUGAUGUUACUCUGAGUGUAUAUCCACACCGGGCAAGCUUGCAAUAUAUGCCUGGCCACGGUGGGAAUCGAACCUACGACCUUUGGAAUACUAGCCCACCGUGGCCAGGCAUAUAUUGCAAGCUUGCCCGGUGUGGAUAUACACUCAGAGUAACAUCACAAGCAUCAUACUCACCUGAAUACAUUACACCAACACAGAAAAAAACUAUCAGAUGUUAUUACAUGAUGCGCAUGUAUUAACGAAUAUUGAACAAAAAUGUACAUAACUGCGAGUUUUAUUAACAGGUUUUGUCCACGAUUGUCUGACCUGUAAUGACUGAUAUGUCCAUAAUUUCGAACGCUUGAAAAGCGGUUAAGGGUACUGGAAUGAUGUACUAAGGUUCAUAUGACGUUAGUAUUACAUCAUAAAUGUUGUACCAAUUACAUGUAAUUAUUGUACAAUUAAUGACGUCAUAGACAUCCAGUGUAUAGUGCUAAAAAUUGUAUUAAACAUGGUGUUUACUGGAAAGUUUUCAGCAGAAAAGAGAGCAUACAUAAAACUAGUGGGGAAAACUGGAAUGCGUACAGCGAAACAAGUUGCAGAAGAAUGCGGAGUGUCUUUGCCAAGUGUAUAUAGAAUAUGGAAUGAGAAAUUUAAAAAGGAUUUCAAACAAAAGCAGAAAAACGAAAGAGGUGGUGGCAGGCCUGAGAAACUGACUUUAAGACAAAAACGCUCUGUUCUGCGAAAUAUUAAUAUUUUAAGAGAGGAAAAUAGCAAUUUUACUUCUAAAAAAUUGCUUCUCAACUCAGGAAUAAACCCAAAGGAUAUUUCUUCACGCACAUUGCGGCGUUUUUUGAAUAAAAAUGGAUACCAUUAUCUGCAAGCAAGGAAAAAAGGAAUAUUAAGUAAGACUGAUAUUCGAAAGCGAUAUAACUUUGCAAAAAUUAUGAAAAAGGAUUACAGCAGUGAGGUUUGGACAAAGCAAAUAGCGUUUUAUCUGGAUGGAGUUAGCUUCACACACAAAACAAAUCCAGCGGACGAGGCCAGAGCACCAAAAGGCAGAAUCUGGAGGAAACCUAAUGAAGGCAUGGAUAGAGGAUGCACGGCCAAGGGCAGUCACGAAGGAUCUGGGGGGAAGCUUGUCAAAAUGAUGGUUGCAAUAAGCCAUGGGGCAGGCGUUGUGCUAUGCGAUCAGUAUAAUAAGUUAGACAGGCCGUAUUUUAAAGAUCUGGUGCUCAGAGAAUUUCCCCAAAUGUUCAAAAAGGCACGAAAAGGUCGCUCUCGUCUCUGGCUGCAGGAUGGAGAUCCUAGUCAAAAUAGUGCAGCGGCGAAAACGGCAAUGAAAUCCAUACGAGCAAAAUUACUAUCAAUACCGGCACGUAGUCCAGAUCUAAACCCGAUCGAAAAUCUAUUUCACCUCGUUAAAAAUCAACUGAACAAUAAUGCAAUUGUACAAAAUAUAAAGAAAGAAAAUUUUCAAGAAUUUUCCGCACGAGUACAAUCUACGAUACUCAGUUUUGAUAACAUUGUAAUUGACAAAAUCAUUGAAAGCAUGAAUAAUCGCAUUGAACUUGUUGUAAAUAGAAAAGGGAAGAGAAUUCGAUAUUGACUUAAUAUAAUAAAUUUUAUUAAUGCAUACUGCUUGUGAAAUAUACAGUUAAUUAAUUAAUAUGCGUGUAAGCUGCAGAAAGUUCUGUUCCAAAUAAUCGGUUAUUUCUUAUUUCAUGAAGCUAUAUAUAAUUCGCAUGUGAAUAAACUUACAGCAUGGUAGUUUUAACGUAUUUUACACGAAUCAAACUGCUGUCGGAGCGCUGGCAUGAGAGCAUUGAAAUAUUUGCCCGACAUCGACUUAAUUAAUUUUGUCAUAUUAAACUCACGGUUAACCACGGUCAACCAGAAUAGUGUGUUAGAAUUUUCCCUUAAUAUACAUAGUUUUAUUUUCCAACCUUCAUGUUCCCAUAGCUUUAUAGUAUUUUGUCAAUCAAAGAAAGCAAACCCAUAAUCUAAAACACUUGAAAACGCAUAUUUUGUAGCUGUUCAUGAUGUUUAAACGAAAAUUGCAUAAAGUAAACAAAGUAUGAUCUGUGUUUAAUUCUAGUGGUUAACCGUCAUUAUCCGUCGUAUUUUAGCCAAAUCCAGGCAAGAUAUAACACUUAAUUUGACGUUACCUGCAGAUAAUAAAGCAUAUAUACCAGCUUGGAUAAAGCAAAGUAUAUAAAAGUAUUAUUUCAGUGUUUCUAAUGCAAUUUUAGAGAAUGGUUAACCGUGGUUAACCGUGGUCUAAUAAUAUGCAUGCGACGUCAUUCUUACAAAUCUAUUUUUAGGUUAUUAAUAGUAAUAUAAAUCUGAGACAAACAACCUAAUUAUAUAAUGUUAAUUUCUUGAAAGUAUUAAGCUAUUUAUUUUGCAACAUCAAUAGAAACUAGAUCCAAUUUCAUGUUCCAAUAAUGUAAACAAUUAUUUUUAGUGUUUUCAUCAAUACACAUGUAUGUUGAGGAACAUUGCUGGCCGAAUGGACGUGCGCUUUCUUGUGGAACACUUCACAGACAAUCGUGGACAAAACUGUUAAUAAAACUAAUUAAUAUCAUAAUGAAAUUGCAUUAACCAAAUUGUAUUCCACAUUCUGCCCCCCUUUCCCCCAUUCAAUGUUGGAUUCGCCAUCCCCACACUAUAGACCCAUUACUGCAACAUUGUUCCGGGGGGAGAGGGGGCCCAUGUGGCGUGAUGCGCAUGUAUUAACGAAUAUUGAACAAAAAUGUACAUAACUGCGAGUUUUAUUAACAGGUUUUGUCCACGAUUGUAGUUACCGUUACAGUUACUCAAAAGUAACGAUUACAUGUAACUAGUUACUUGUAACGAAGCACUGUAUAUACAACACCCAGAAUCAUCUUUACCACAUACUAAACUGCGAUUGUGUAGUAAAAUGAAUUUGACCCUUCGUAAGGGACUGUGGGUAUAACCACCUCUAACUCAAUAUUCGAAUUUUACAGUUGCCUUGCUGGUCUGGCAUGUGCUCCGCUAACUGCCGAAGACUUGCGAAAAAAUACUGUUAUGUUUUCAAUGAGUCGUGCAUGGCGUCUUGGGAAUGCUGUGAAGCUGGCUCAAAAAGAAAAACGAUGUCCAGUCGAUGCUGUACUAGAAUCACAAAACGGAAAAUUGCUUAUAUCUGGAAAGGUAUGUGUCACCGUUUUCUGUAGAUAGUAUAAACUACGAAUAACUAGAACAAGCAAGUAAUUAUCCAAAAUGUGUUUUGCACCGUUAAUAUGCAUCAAACUGGAUAUCAUCAUGAAAGGAAAGGCUUGCAUCAAGUAAAACCUCAACGACUUCGGCAGUGGGCUGAAGUAAGUUCCUUACCUAAACGAAAAUUUCGGGUCUUGUUGACUACCAAAAAUGAAUUUAGCAUUAUUUAACAAUUAUUCGCCGAAGGCGAGGUGAUUAUCGGUGAAUAAAAACCGAGACGAAGUCGAGGUUUUUAUUCACGAUAAUCACCGAGCCUGAGGUGAAUAAUUGUUUUAGUAUAAUUUCAUAGGUGAUUAUUUGGAAAAAAAAUAAGAAAAUACACAUUUCUUCGUCAUUUAAUUGACAAAAGACACAAAAAGGCUUCGGCCGCCAUUUUGAAAAUCGCUUAGGUGAUUAUCGCGUAAUAAUCACCUCAACGGCAACCAAUCAGCGUGGAAAAUUUUCAAUAAUCACCUAUGUAAUUAUACUAAUUAGAAUUAAUGCAUUUUAAAUUACUUUUAUUUGCAAUUAGAAGGGACAAGCGUCAAAACCCCAGUGCACAAAUCCUGCACAGGUCAUUAUACAUUUCUUUUACUGCGGUGGAACACUGUCCAAUAGGAAAUUUAAUAAAUAACCUGGAACGAUGUUAUGGAACUAUAAGUAUUUGGCUUGAAAGUGCGGGGGUUGCUACAUGUAUAUAUCAAAAUUUUGGGCAUCGCUCGAUAUAGAACUAAACAUUAAAGGGUUUUGGUGGAUACAUGCCGAAACCUCAAGUGUAAAUGUUUAUACAUUUUUAGACUGCAUGCAUGUGGUUGAAUAUUUAAUGACAUGACUUUCGCGUGCCCUUAUUAUUUAUUGCUUAUGGUGACCUUUGUUCUGCACACUCUCCUCCACAGAGUCUAAAAUUAUUUAUUAUGGUUUAAAUCCCUAUUCUGUGGUUUAAUCCCUAUUCUGUGGUUUAAAAUAUAUUGUAGUGGUAACUUAGGGAUAGCAUAGCAUGUACUUAUUAAUUCCUGGUUAGGACCAUUUUCUAAUGCCAGAAAGCUCCGGAUUUAACUACUAUACUUGAAAAAUAAAAAUAAGUAAAACUAAGGUUUAUAUCAAGUUUAUACAAUUUUCUAAUAUUCUUAACAAUUUUUUUGACCCUUUAAUUUUGUUUUGCACGUUGGAUUGUGUAGGCAUUGCCGAAAACUUGCGUUUUGUUGGGACACAGUGAACGGAUAAAACGUAUACAUCACCAUUUCUUUUUUUUUGAAAACAUUAUCCCCUCCCCCGACUCACCGGUAAACAAUUAGGAAGCCCAUGCAAAGCUCGAAUUGUAUGCACGGCCCAACGUUUGGACAUUAGCCCCAGUCUGGUGUCUUCAUCAUGGGUCAUCUUCAGUCGCAAUGUGGCUUCAUAUAUACUCGAGAGAUGACGUAACCCGCAAACAAGGGUAGAGAUACUCUUGUGAUGCAUAACUACCGUCAUCUCUAUUCAGAAACAAUUCAUAGUCAUCCAUUUCAAUAUUCAACUCUUCUACACGGCUAAAAACGCUGAGCCCGCUGUUUAACAGGAUUGAACAAUGUUUUGCUGCCCACGUUGUUCACAUGCACUUGUCAACAAUACCGAAUAAUACUGUUGAGCCUGAAUCGGGUGUAACAAUAUUGUUCAAUAUUGUUGACAACUGUGAACAAUGUGGGCAGCAAGACAUCGUUCAAUCCUGUUUUCAUCAAUAUUGCAACAACAUGAUCGUUUUUACGCGUGUAGACAACGUCUUUGGCCAUGGCGAUUGUUUGUGGUGAUCACUCCCAUGCAGUCACGUGUUUGGCUUAACACACGUUCUGCUAUAGAAGAAGAAGAAGAAUUUAUUCGCACCAGUCAAAAAUACAUAAUUACAAAUUUUUUCCACACAUUAUUAAAACAGAGUUGGCACAGGAUAUCUGAAGUAGCUUUAACACUAAUCGAAGUCAGAUAACCUUAUUAAAGUAUUCGAGCCACUGUGGGUCAACAUUGGGUUUAAGGUCAUGGUGCACAAUAAUUAUACAGAUACAAAUUAAAAUUUAUAGACAUAUGCAAAAACAAAAGCAAGCAUAAAGCCAGUAACCAUUAAUUAUAAAUUUGAUUUCAGUUAAUUUGAAAGCAAAUUAAAACAUAAAUAAGAAUAAUUAUUUAUGUAAUUAUUUAUUUUAAUAAAUUUGAUUUUAAUUUUUUUUUUGAAAACUGAUUUUGUUAGUAUUUUCAAGCUAUCAUCUAUAUAAUUCCAAAUAUAGGGUCCCUGUGAUCGGAUAGAAAAUUUACCGGUAUUUGUUCUUACAAUUGGUAUGCAAUAACUAAUUGUUGUUGCUAGUCUAGUACUGUAUAUAAGGCUGUUUUCCUUUUGUUUAACUACUGUAUUACGUCAAAACUUUGUCAUAGGUUAAUUUAUUUACUGUUUUUUUAGAUAGUUGACGUUGAAAGAAGAACGGAUGGUGGUUUCAGUAAAGGCAAUGUUCGUGUGGAAGGUUUAGCUCAAUUUUCUGGUAUCACAUUAGAUAUCUUGUUUCAAAAUGAAAAUAUCGUGGUUGAAAAUGCUACGUCUGGUGAGAAGAAAGAAGUACUAGCCACUGUUCCAGAUCUCAUUUCUAUCCUUGAUUCGGAAACUGGCGAAGUCAUUCCAACUGAAGAAAUACGUUAUGGCCUUCGAAUUUCUGUCAUUGUUUUGCCUUGUUCACCAUUGAUGUCCACGGAGAGAGCAUUGAAAGUUGUUGGACCACAAGCCUUUGGUUAUAAGGACUACAGUUAUCACGCUUGUGAAGUUUACAAGGAAUCCAACCCUAUUCCUUUAACGAAAUCAUAAGUUUUAUAUUUAAAUUGAACUAUUUUUUAUUUUACCUUAAUUUGCUGUUUUUCAAUUUUACAAUUUCUUGCAGCACGUAAAGAAAUUAUUUAGUAUGGAGCAUACCAAGUUUCAUCAGGGAUGAAUAACAUUUAGCAUCAGUAAACUACAUUUUGUUUUUGACCUCCAUUGGAGGUGAAGACUAAAUUUGGUUUGCCCAUCCUAAAUGUUGUUUGUUCCUGAUGAAACUUAGGAUCUACAACUACAAAUUUUUGCUUUCAAAGGAGAUUUUGGGAAUAAAUAAAAAAUAGUUUUAGUCAAGUGACCAGUGACAUAAUUUCUGUUCUCAUUCAAAGCAGUGUGAAAAUAAUAAAAUAUUGAAAAACCUUCCGUAUAAUACUAAAGAAUUAAAAGAAUUUAAAAUUAUCCUGCGAUUAUUGGAUGCAACUAUGCAAUUGAAACUGUCGAUAUUUCUAGGUUGACAACGUAAGUCAAACGAAAAUGGCGUCAAAUUUUUUAUACUUGUAUUGUCUUCUGUCUUUCAUCUGCAAAUUACUGAAUUAUUCAGGAGCCUACGGCGGGCCACGUCGAAAUAUUUCAGUAGUUACCAAAAAUAUUUUUUGGAAAAACCAUUAAUAUAUUCCUGCACAAGCUUGCCCAAAACAUGAUCUAUUUUAUUCCGAAUAUAACGCAUUUUGCGUUAUAAUCAGUAACCUUCAAAUAACUUUAGCGUGAUUUGCAUACAGUUUUAGAGUUGAAAAUUCUGUCGUUACAACGAUCGGAAAUUGCGGUCAAAAAUUGACACCUUAGACUAAGCAGUUAAAUGACUAACUAAUCUUACUGAGCAUGCGUAGAUUGGACAAUCCUACUGAAUAUUAAUGUGGCAAACUACAGAAUAUUUUUUGAGAUAUAGUUGGCAAAGUUUUGGAUUUAUUCGUGAAACUUUAUUGAGGUAAAGGACUUGGAUAAAGGAAAGGCUCAAAGCCCAAAACAAUAUUACGUGACUCAAGAAUAUGAAAAACACUUUGUUGUACAUAUGUGUCAUAGGCGUACGGGCCCCCGAAUUUUUAUGGUAGAUUGUAAUGAAAUGAC